GAAAAAAAAAAAAAAAAAGAGGCCCAAGACCAAAACCAAAACCCAGCUCGCUCUCUGCUGUACAAAAAUAAAAAAUUAAAACCAGAGAGAAAGUGAAGGGGAAAAAAAAAAAUUCGAAUCCAUUACGAACUCGACGACGAAAAACCCGUCAGAGUCGGAGUCAGGCACUGAUCGAUUCGUCAAUAUCCGCUGCACAAUAAUUAUUUCCCGAUCGUGAAGUUAGAGGGAGAGUUUUUAUUAUAUUAAUUUAUAUAUAUAUAUAUAUAUAUUUUUUUUUUGGUGUAAAAUUUUGAAGAAUUUAAUUGGCUUAGUUAUUAAUUAGGGAUUUAUUUUUUGGUUGGAAUUUUCAAUGAGGAUUUGUGAUUUGGUAAGGAAAAAGUCGGUUUCAGGGGAUUUCGUUUCUGGGUUUUAUUGGGUUUUUUGAGUGCUUUGGUGGGUAAGAGAAAGGUGUGUAUUGGGAAUUGGGGGAGUGAUGCUAGACUUCAGGGAAGGUCGGUGUGUGAAGGGGUUAGGGUUAGGGUUAGGGUUUUGGGGUUAGAAGAAGAGCCUCCAGUAAGUGUUUGAUGAGGUUGGAGAUGGAGGAUAAUAGUGAGCUAGAAGAAGGCGAGGCUCGCUAUUACAAGGACGAUGACAAAAACAUUAACCCUGACACUGAUCUCUCAUACAUUGAUGUGAAGAUUCAAAAUUAUUUGGGCCAUUUCCAGAAAGAUUUUGAAGGUGGGGUAUCUGCAGAGAAUUUGGGGGCAAAAUUUGGUGGAUAUGGCUCAUUUUUGCCUACCUAUGAACGCUCUCCUGCUGUUUCAUCUCAUCCAAUGACACCGCAGAAAAACCACAUGAUGUCCAAAUCUCCUAGCAAUUUACCAAUGGAGGGUGCCUCUCAGAAUGAGAAAGCUUCUUCAACUGCACCCCAAUCUGUGAGGCCCGGAGCUGUUUCGUGCAGUGCUCAUCCAUCACAUAAUAAUGCAAGGGCACCUUCUGGAGAUGUUCCACUCAAAAAAGAUUCAAGCUUGCGUUCUACUCAAGUAACUGAAAAAUAUUGUUUGAAAAAUGAAACUACAAACAGAAUGAGUAAUCCGACUGAUCAAAGAACACUGAAGGUUCGAAUCAAAAUGAGUUCUGAUAACAUGGCCCGGAAGAAUGCGAUUUAUAGUGGUCUUGGGCUUGAUGACUCUCCAUCUUCGUCUUCGGGGAACAGCCACGAGGAAAGUGGAGGGGUGCCACCUGUAACUCAAGAGUCUAAAAAAGAGUCUCCCACUGAUAUUAUUCAGGUAAUGACUUCCUUUCCCGUUCCUGGAGAGAUACUAGUAUCACCACUUCAGGACAGUAUGCUUUGCCUGAUAAAAAGGGAAAAACUUUGUAGAGCAAGUAAUCUGGAGCAUUCUCCCAAGCGUAUUCAAGAGCAGUCAACCUUGUUAGUGCAGGAGCCGGAUUCCAUGAGGGGAGAUAGAAAAGUGUUAAAGGAGAAGAAAACAAAAUUAGGUGGGAGAAGUGAGAGACAGACUGAAGUGAAGCAUGAGAAUGUUUGUCAUUUUGAGAAUAACACAACAAUUCCUGAGAAGAAGACAUCCAAAAAUGAGGCCCCAGAAGGCAAAGAUUUUUUGCCUAAUGGCUUGAAAUGCAUGCCUUUAUCUAACUCGAUAUGUGGUGCUGGAGACUUGUUGAAAGUAACUGGUCAGCCAUCUGAAGUUUCCAGGGAGGUGGACAAUAAGAAUGAGGUGAAAGGCAGAUUAUUUUUUUCUGAAUUAGCAAAAGUGGAAUCAUUGGAGUCUUUCUCUGGUCAGGACCAUCGCAAGAAUGAGAAGAAAAAAUCUAGGAGUGCUUCAGUGGAAAAGGUUUUGGAGAAAAGAGAGACAAAUUGUCGCAAGGAUGUUACUGGUGACCUUAGGGAUCACGGAAAGGGCAAGAGCAAGGGCAAGGGCAAGAACAAGAACAAGAACAAGAGCAAGAGCAAGAGCAAGAGCAAGAGCAACAAGAUCUCUCCCUCCUUAAAAAUUUAUGAGGUACCAAAAUGUAAAGAAGAGGUAGAUCUGCAAUGGCAGAGUGUUGGUCAGAAGAGUAUAGUUCAUGAACAAGAUGAAAGAAAUGUGCCUCAUAAGGAGGAAAAACCAACAUUUGAAGGCAAGGAUAAGUCAAAGGAGAUACUAGGUAAUGAUAAGCCUACAGCUGUUUUAACCAAGGAUAGUCUGAGGGUUGAAAUGGGUGCAGUUCUUGAAGAUAAAAAGAAUAUUGCUCGUGGUGUUGCUCCUAGUGGUAGUAAAAUGCAGAAGCAUAAAUCACAUAAUAAUAACAAGGGCAAAGAUAAUUACAAAGAUCCAUUAAGGGGCAAAAAUUUGGAACAAUCAGAUAACAAUAUGGAUCCAAGAGAGAGGCCUUUGGGUGAUAGGCCAAAGGAUGCUUACCUCGAUGAUGUUGAAGCAGAAAGAAAAAUGGUCCUGGAUAAACCAUUGAAAACAUUAAAUGGUAAAAAGGUUGAUAAUCAGUUGAUGUCAGAGGCAACUUUAAAAGGUGAUCCAAAUGCAUUGCCUCCUGUGAUGGCAAAUGGACAUACUUCACAGUUGGUACCGGCAGCAGUUGCUCCUGUAGUUAUAGAAGAAGAUUGGGUGUGCUGUGACAGUUGUCAGAAGUGGAGGCUUCUACCGUUUGGUACUAAGCCAGAGCAACUCCCUGAGAAAUGGUUGUGUAGAAUGCUAAACUGGCUGCCUGGAAUGAAUCGGUGUGACAUCAGCGAGGAGGAGACAACGAAAGCACUAAAUGCGUUAUACCAACUACCUGUUUCUGACCAUCAGAAUAGCCAACAGAAUCAGGCUAAUGGAAGCGCAUCUAAAGUAACUGCAGUUGGCGUCCAACAUCCGGACCUGAAUCUCCAUAACAACAAUUCCCAUUCUAUAUCUAAUCGAGGAAAAAAGCGACAUGCAUCAAAAGAAGUACCAAAUUCAGGUGGCAGUGGUAGUUCAUUUUGGAUCCCAAACCCCACAAAAAACCACCUGCAUGAACCUGUUAAAAGUAAAAGCUUGAAUGACAUGAACCAUCCUCCUUUAGAAUCUAGUACAGCAAAAAAAUCUGAUUCUCAAUAUUUGAGAAAGCCAUGCAACAUGGAAAAGAACAUAUCUAGGCAGACAGAAAAGCAUGUAAAUGGGGGUGAUAUUAAGGAGAGGAGAAAUAAAAGCAAGAGGGAGGCUGAUCAAUAUGCUUGUGGAACUUCCAAGAAACCUAAGAUUGAUGAUAUGUACAUUGCUGUUAAACAACAGAAUUCUGAUAAUGAGCUAGGGAAAAUUGGUCUUGGUUCCAAUGCUUGUUUGUCAAGUAAGUUACAUGAGAAAGAUGUGAAACAAAAUGAAUAUGGUUUAUCCAAGGACACAAAGUCUAAGGCCAAAGACAAGAUACAAAUUUCUGCAAGGAAACUGGAAGACCAAAGUCAGGUUUCGUCAGAUGGGGGGUCUUUAAAUAUAAAAAUGGGCAGUAAAAGAGAAAGUUCCUCGAAGAAAAGGAAAUUGAAAGAUUGGCAAGAAAACCAGAUCUAUGAGGAGACAUUUCAAAUUUCUAUGCAUGAUGACAUGGUACAUAUGAAGGAGGAAAGUAGUGAAAGUGGAUUCAGAAAGGAGAAGAAGUCCAGGAUUUCAAAGACUGAUAAGAAGGAGUCAAGUGCUAAUGGUGGAUAUGAUAAAUCAAAGGAGUCAAGUGCUAAUGGUGGAUAUGAUAAAUCAAACAGAAAAGGCAGAGAGGCUUAUGUUUCAUCAGGCACCAAAAAUCAGCAAGUUGAUCGUAUGGAAGAGAAUGGAAGUAUAGAUAAUGAACAACAGCCCAGGAAAGCAAAUAAAAAGACUAUGGGUGGUGUAUAUUCCCUGGGAAAAGAUCUGGGGACUGGGCAAGUUUCAAUGGCUGCCAUGUCAAGCUCUUCAAAGGUUUCCGGUUGCCAUAAAAUUAGGGGUAAUGUUGAAGAAGUGAAAGGCUCACCAGUGGAAUCAGUUUCCUCAUCUCCUUUGAGGAACUUCCAUUCGAAUAAGGUUACAUCAGCAGUGGGGGAUGUUUCCCAGAAAGAUGAUGCUGGAAAUGGUGGUUUCCCAUCCGUAAGUAAUCCUAUAAGAUGUGGGGAUGGGGAUGCCAAUGUUGAAAUGACUCGAUUUGGAACAUCCAGGAAGGAGAAAAUUUCAUGUGAUGGUCAACCAAAAUCCUUUAAGAUUUCAACUCUAGACUGUCAGGAUGGAGAUGCUAAUCAUAAAUUCAGUGUCAAAGCUAAACCUUCUCCUGACGUUCGGAAUGGCCAUUUGGUUAGUUGUGAUGUUGGUACAGUUGAACAUGGUCAGUGCCCAAGUCAUCAGCAUGAUAUGGAGCACUACCAUGAUGAGGAUAAAGGGCAUAGGAAUCAGGAUGCAGUUUUUCUGCACAAAUCUGGCAAGGGUUCCUCUUUGCAGUCCAAGGACAAGGGAAGAAGUUUGACUUCCAAUAUAGAUAGAGGUAAGAUGAAAGUUGUGGAUUCAGUGAGUGAGUACUCAAAGAAUGUCCAGAAGUAUGAGUCAGAGAUUGACACCAAUCAUCAUGCACCUGGUACUGAAACAACUACUGAUGUUAAGAACAGAUUUUUUAAGAAGUGUAGCAUUAAAUCCGUCAAGGAUGAGAAGAAUCAUAGUGUUAGAAUGGGCCAUGCAGGACAAGGGUCAAGUGGUAGUGGAAAGGAAAUUCAAAUGAAGCGAAAAGAUUCUGAUGGGUCAGAAGUGAAGUUGGGUGCCACUAAUGGGAAUGUCUUCUCGCACAUGAGUCAGGAUUCUGAGGGUGUUCCACCAACAGUCGAGUCAAGAACCAGGAAACCAAAACUGUUCUCAAAUUCCACAAAUGAAGGUAAAAAUGAAAUGCAGCACGUUGGGCGUCAACCUUUGCCAGGAUCUGAAAGAGCAGGCACUUUGCAUGGACUUCAGGUUGAAGCUCUUGGCAAUGGCAGUGUGCCAAAGAUACCAGAGCAUUCUGGCAGCACAGGCAAUAAGAGUAGAGCCAGUCGCAGUUUUGGACGUCUCUCACCCAACCAACAAGGAGCCAGAGAUGUCAUUUCAUCAAGUCCUUUGAAAAACUCCCCUGACCCUACUGCUUCUAAUACCCUGAAAGAAGCUAGAGAGCUUAGAGACUAUGCAGAUCGUCUUAAGAGCUCUGGGUUUGCUUUUGAAAGUAGUGAGGCUUACUUCCAAGCUGCCUUAAAGUUUCUCCAUGGAGCUGUGCUUCUAGAAUCUUGUGGUAGUCAGAGUGCCAAACAUGGAGAGAUGUCUCAAAUGCAAGUAUACAGUACUACAGCCAAACUUUGCGAAUUCUGUGCCCAUGAAUAUGAAAAACGCCAAGAAAUGGCGGCAGCUACCUUGGCUUAUAAAUGCAUGGAGGUGGCAUACAUGAGGGUGAUAUACUGUAAAAAUUCAAGUACAAACAGAGAUCAGCGUGAUUUAAUAGCAUCUUUACAGAUUGUUCCUCAAGGUGAAUCUCCAUCAUCUUCUGCAUCAGAUGUAGAUAACUUAAACAACCAAGUGACAGUGGAGAAGGCUACAUUACCCAAGGGUUCUUCUCAAGUUACUGGAAACAAUAUCAUUCUUGCUCGAAACAAUCCCAAUUUUGUUCGGCUGCUUGACUUUACGCAGGAUGUAAGUUUGGCAAUGGAGGCUUCAAGAAAAUCCCAGAACGCAUUUGCAGCUGCACAUAUAAACCUGGAAGAGGCUCAAAAUAGGGAUUGUAUUGCUACUCUUAAAAGUGUCAUGGAUUUCAGCUUCCAAGAUAUAGAGGAACUUAUACGCUUGGUUCGGCUUGCUAUGGAGGCUAUAAAUCGUUCUGGUUUCGGCAGUUCUAGAGACUAAGUCAACCCCUGUAUAUAUUGCAUGUUUUUCUGAUUUUCUCCUAGUGAACAGGCAUCUGAGGGGGAAAAGGGUGCCUACAUAGACCUGCACUGGAAGAUCUGCAAAGAGGCGGGUCAUCGACAGUUCAUUACCCCUCUGUACAUGUGUACAAAAGUGAGAUUGAUUAGCAAAUUUUGUGAUGUAAUUUUUUUGCACAUUAAGUUUAUUAUUAACGUGGAUAAGAGCACAACAUGCUCAGCCUUAAGUUUCAUGGGUUGGGGGUAGAGAAACUGAAAUACUUGUUCGGCAGCACGUCUCAGAGGUCAUGUAAUAGUUCAGUUUAAUAUUCUUUUGCUCCAGUGAUUCGGAGCUUGAGGGAACAAAAAUAUUUAUAGAGAUUGGACACUCUUAGGCAACCAUUUUGAGGAGGUUGAUACAUUAAUAGGGAUGACUGGUUAAUGUUCUAUAAAUGACUUUUUCUUUAUAUUUUAAAAUUUUGAUGAAAUGGAAAUACCAGGUUCUUGUGUUGGUUCUGUACUUCCCUGUAUAUCUCUAGAAUUUUCAAAGCUUAAGAUAUUGGUCCUAACUAGCUGCGCAACAUUCCUGGGAAAAGAUACUGUUGGAGUCAUCAGGUUGCAAUAAAAAGGCUUCUUGGUCUGAGCAGUUUUAUUAUUUAUCAGACAAAGUGAGAAGUUCAAAGGAUUUCCAGUAUUAUGCGAUUGGCAUUCUGCUGCUAGUCAAAUAACUCAAGAUGGCAGGAGGUAUUUGUUAAUCUCCAUCAAUAAGCCACUUGAUCUUGGACAACAACAUAUGAAAGAUUUUCUCUUCAUGCUCUCCAUUUAUGCAGCAUAGAAAUGUAAGAGGUAAAAGUCAAAUUUCAUUUGUUUCUUAAUGUUGUAAGAUGAUGUUUUCUUUUCUUCAAUCAUAUUUUUAGAACACAGCAAAUUUUUGUAUUUCACUUUAUGUACUGAUUAUUCAUUAUUGGCAACAGAAAACGAUUCCUGGGAAAUUAAAUCUUUGAGCAACUAAUUUCACUAAAUUUCAUUAUGCUGCACCCUCUUUCUAACUCCUUGCAUGACUGUGCUGUAUCUCUUUCUGGUUGUCUCUGUGCUUGAAUUCUGUCUUCGUUUUGUUCCUCUUUCUGAUAUUGGCUGUGGGUUGUGUUGAAUUAGUGUAGCUCAGUGUUGCUGUUUCUCUUGGGUUUUAUUGGUGAUGUAAAGUACCCGCUUUGCCAGAAACUCCCUAUCAUUAUCAGAUCUUAAUUCUGGUUUUCUAGGAAUGAUCAUUACAGUUUUGUGUUCUUGUAACAAUGAAAUGGUGGAUAUUGUUUUCCUGUUAUGAUGAGAACACAUUAUCAUAUUGCUACUGGUUACGGGUACUGAAGCAGAGUUUUUAUUGAUUAUGAUUGUAACACUACCGGAUAUUGGUUUUAGGUAGGGGGGAAAUAGAUACGUCGACUUGGUGGUUACUAGCAGCAAAUGCUGAUGCAAAGGAUGUCUUCCACUUAUUUUUUUGUAUCUAAAAUUCUUUUUUGCUUAAUUUAUUUAGUAUUCUUCUCUAUUGAUAUGGUAUAAAUGUACACAUUUUCUAUAUGUUUGCUGAUUUCAGCGCUU